GAGCUUUAACGUGAUAGCUUUAUAUGUGACUUCCACUCAUGCCCCAUGAGUUACCCAGCCCUCGGGCCUUUCGUUCCAGUAAGUUCUUCCCUAUCGAAGACGCUGCAGGAGGUGGAGGUGCUCACCGUAGACUCCAAGGUCUGCAACAGUCGCUUCCGUGAAGCAUUAAAAAAGCCUGCGGAUUACAGCCCCAUCAAAGAGGACAUGUUGUGUGCCGGGUACAUGGAAGGCUAUAAAGGCUUUGCUCCGGGUGACUUCGGGGGACCCCUGGUGUGCGAACAGAAUGGGACCUGGUACCUUGGUGGGAUUGUGAGCUGGUUACUGACGAUGACAGUGAAUGGGGUAACCAGCGUUGCUGACGGUUACCCUGGGGUUUACAACCGCCCGAAUGCCCACAAUGAGUGGAUACAAAAGAACGUGCCUGGUGUGACUUUCACGGUAGUGAACUUUCCUUCAAACAGUGCCCAUUCCUCUGCCAUAAUCCCCAGGAUCCUUCUCCUCACUAUACUUCUGUGGAUGACCCUGUGACCCCUCUUAGAUUGGGUCCCCAUCCCACACCAGCACUUCCUCUCCCUUUGUGCAAAUAGACCAUCUCACCUGUGGCACUAGGCCUGGGUAUUCACACCCUACACACUGUGGUAACAAUCUUUGUGCAAAAUACCCCUUAUGAGAUAUCAUUUGAAAACUAAUAACUAUGUAAUCGUUCAUACCCUUGUGUGAUGUAUGUAUGCGAUGGGUGCUAAGAAUUAUGGAGAUAUGCUGGAUGGUACCUAAAGUAUGUUCAUACCAGGUGUAUU